UCCGCUUUCGGCCGGAAACAGGAAGUGAGUUCUUCCCCCACGCGUGGAAGGCUCAACGUGAGCGGCGAUGGCGAAGGAGGGCGGAGGAGGGCACCGAGCGGGGCUGUUGAAGCAGCAGAACAAGCCGCACAAGGGAGGGAAGCACCGCGGGAACAACGCCCAGAGGCAGGCCGGCCGCAUCCCUGUCAAGACCUUUAGCCAGCAGCAAUGUCGCACAUUGGCCAAGCUGGACCGCAAGAACCGGGCCUGGCAGCUCCGCCAGCAGCGAAAAGAGGCCGUGCUAGAAGAGAAGCGGAACUUGGGCCGCAAGGAUGGGCCGCCACACCUGGUGGUCGUGGUGCCGCUGCAUGCCAACGUUGUUGCCCAGAGCGCCUUGGAUUUGUUCCAGAGUGAUGGAGAUUCUGUCGUGUGCCGUACCGAGGGGGGCCCACCAGGCUUCGCUUUGCUCUGCCCCCGAUUCAAGCUGCGGUGGCGUUUUGUGGUGGCCAAUACAGGGAACCUUCAUACUGUGCUGGACCUUGCCAAGGUUGCCGAUACGCUCCUUUUCCUGCUGGAUCCCAUGGAGGGCUGGGACGCCGCUGGGGAUCAUUGCCUCUCCUGCAUCUUUGCCCAGGGCCUCCCUAGUUAUGGCCUCGCCAUCCAGGGCCUGGCUGGGCAGCCGCCGAAGAAGCAAAGCGAGUGCCGGAAGAAGUUGAGCAAAGCUAUGGAAAAGCGCUUCCCUGGAGCCAGGCUCUUUGCCCUCGACACAGAGCAGGAGUCGGCCUUGCUCCUCCAGCACCUUGCCGGGCAGAAGCAGCGACACCUGGCAUUCAGAGACCGGCGUCCACACCUGAUGGCGGAGGUGACCCAGUUUGUUCCCAACCCAGAGAGCCCCUCGGUGGGCACCCUGAAAGUGUCCGGGUACCUGCGAGGCCGGCGCCUGAACGUGAACGCUGUGGUGCAUAUCGCAGGACAUGGGGACUUCCUGAUGAGCCAGAUGGACGCCCCUCCAGAGCCCUUUGCCCUCAACCCUCGAGUCACCAAAGGGCCACCAAGGAGCAUGAAAGACCAGGAUGAGUUGGCGGAUGGAGCAGCUGAGAUGGAGGAGGAGGUGAAGGUGCUGAGCAAAGCUGACCUGAGCAAACAGGAGCCACUCCAGUCGGAAGCGGUCCCGGACCCCAUGGAGGGCGAGCAGACCUGGCCCACGGAGGAGGAGCUGAAGGAGGCUCAAGAUUCACUUCAACGGGGCAAGAAGAUAUCCAGGAAGGUACCGAAAGGCACAUCGGCCUACCAGGCUGCCUGGAUCCUAGAUGACGAGGAAUGGCAGAAUGGCAGUGAGGAGGAAGAGGAGGAGGAAGAGGAUGAUGACGAUUUAAUGGAAGAGGCUUUCUCCCAGGAUGGGAGCAGCGAGGAGGAGGAAGGUAGUGAGGAAGAAGAAUGUGAAACCAUGACACUUCCGGAGGCUGAGGAGGAAGAGGAGAAGAUGGAGGAAGAGGAGGCGAUGCUGGAGAAGUACCGGCAGGAGCGGCAGCAGGAGAUGUUCCCCGAUGAGGUGGACACUCCUCGGGACGUGGCGGCACGUAUCCGAUUCCAAAAGUACAGAGGGCUGAAGAGCUUCCGGACCUCGCCGUGGGACCCCAAAGAGAACCUUCCCAUGGACUACGCCCGGAUCUUCCAAUUCAGAGACUUCUCUCGAUCCAGGAAACACGUCUUCCGGCAGAUGGAGAAAGAGGAAGGCGAAGGAGCCGAGGUCGGGUGGUAUGUCACUCUCCACAUUUGCAACGUGCCCCUCGCUGUCAUGGAGAACUUCCAACAAGGGAGUCCCUUAGUGCUCUUUGCGUUGCUUCCCUAUGAGCAGAAGAUGUCUGUGUUGAACCUCUUAGUGAGGCGUCAUCCUGGCUACAGCGAACCCAUCCGCUCGAAGGAGGAAGUGAUCAUCCACUGUGGGUUCCGGCGCUUCCGAGCUUCGCCGCUCUACUCGCAGCACAGCACAGGAGACAAACACAAGCUGGAGCAGUUCCUUCCCUCUGAUGCCGCCAUAGUGGCCACCAUCUAUGGACCCAUCACUUUUCCUCCAGCUUCUGUGUUGCUGUUCAGACAAGAGAAGGAAGGGGCCCACAGCCUCCUGGCCAUCGGCUCCCUGCUCAGCGUUGACCCCGACCGGCUGGUCAUCAAGCGGAUCGUCCUCAGUGGCCACCCGUUCAAGAUCCACCGCAAAAUGGCCGUCGUGCGCUACAUGUUCUUCAACAGAGAGGACGUGACAUGGUUCAAGCCGGUGGAGCUGCGCACCAAGUGGGGGAGGCGGGGGCACAUCAAGGAGCCUCUGGGGACCCACGGCCACAUGAAAUGCCAGUUUGAUGGACAGCUGAAGUCCCAGGACACUGUCCUCAUGACCCUCUACAAGCGGGUCUUCCCCAAAUGGACCUACGACCCUUUUGUGCCAGAGCCGUGCCAAAGAAACGCAAGCUCCUCGCCUUGCAAAGAGGAGGAAGACAUGGCCUGAGACUUGCCAAGAGCCUUUCUCUCUCGCACGCUGGGCUUGGCUUCUUUGCCGCAAAAAAAUCCUUUCCAAGAGAUGCCCUUGCCUUUAUUUAUUGGUGAUCCCAACUCCCAAGGAGAAGUUCAUCCCAGUAGGGGCUGGUUGCUAUGAAAGGAAGGCACCUCCGCAUCACCGUGGCAUCUUGGAUGUGAAGCAACCUGGGUUUGGAUUAAAAGGAGCGGUGUAUCUCCACUUAAUGAAAUCCUGAACUCCAUCCUUUUCUGGCUUUACAGUGCCUUAAGUCAAUAAAUGUGGGUUUAUUUCAUCUACUCGGGCUCUAUUUACGAGGUUCAGGGCGAUGGUGACCCUCCUGUUUUAUCCAAGGCAAGGGGUGCCCUUAAACAUUUUUGUUUUUGCACCUUUCGAUCCGUUCACACUCUGGAUCUUACCAAAUGGUCCUGGAAGGUUCAUUAAAGAGUAUGCAGGAGAA